CGGAGGUGGCCCGCAGUCGUGGAGGAGCGGGCGACGCAAGUUCCGGACGGCUCUCCACUCUGUCUGCGACUCACGCCUCUCCCUCCUCUCGCCUAGUCCGGUGCUGUCUCCAGACAGCGGCCCUUCCGGCUGAGAGCUGUCGGAGUGCGGGGACUCUGGGGAAGCCGUCGCCGCCCCCCGCCUCGGGGCUGCGUGAGCUGCCCGUCGCGCCGCCUCCUUGCCCCCAGCGGCGGGCGCUGUUCUCGUUCGAAGCACUCCCCCCAGCUCCAUGAAUGGAAAUCGGCUCCGCAGGACCUGUUGGGGCCCAGCCCCUACUCAUGGUGCCCAGAAGACCUGGCUAUGGCACCAUGGGCAAACCCAUUAAACUGCUGGCUAACUGUUUUCAAGUUGAAAUCCCAAAGAUUGACGUCUACCUCUAUGAGGUAGAUAUUAAACCAGACAAGUGUCCUAGGAGAGUGAAUAGGGAAGUGGUUGACUCCAUGGUUCAACAUUUUAAAGUAACUAUAUUUGGAGACCGUAGACCAGUUUAUGAUGGAAAAAGAAGCCUUUACACAGCCAAUCCACUUCCUGUGGCAACUACUGGGGUAGAUUUAGAUGUUACAUUACCUGGGGAAGGUGGAAAAGAUCGACCUUUUAAGGUGUCAAUCAAAUUUGUCUCUCGGGUGAGUUGGCACCUAUUGCAUGAAGUACUGACAGGACGGACCUUGCCUGAGCCACUGGAAUUAGACAAGCCAAUCAGCACUAACCCUGUCCAUGCCGUUGAUGUGGUGCUACGACAUCUUCCCUCCAUGAAAUAUACACCUGUGGGGCGUUCCUUUUUCUCAGCUCCAGAAGGAUAUGACCACCCUCUAGGAGGGGGCAGGGAAGUAUGGUUUGGAUUCCAUCAAUCUGUUCGGCCUGCCAUGUGGAAAAUGAUGCUUAAUAUUGAUGUUUCUGCCACUGCCUUCUACAAAGCACAACCUGUAAUUCAGUUCAUGUGUGAAGUUCUUGACAUUCAUAAUAUUGAUGAGCAGCCAAGACCUCUGACUGAUUCUCAUCGGGUAAAAUUUACCAAAGAGAUAAAAGGUUUGAAGGUUGAAGUGACUCAUUGUGGAACAAUGAGACGGAAAUACCGUGUUUGUAAUGUAACAAGAAGGCCUGCCAGUCAUCAAACCUUUCCUUUACAGUUAGAAAAUGGCCAAACUGUGGAGAGAACAGUAGCGCAGUAUUUCAGAGAAAAGUAUACUCUUCAGCUGAAGUACCCACACCUUCCCUGUCUGCAAGUGGGGCAGGAGCAGAAGCAUACCUACCUACCACUAGAAGUUUGUAAUAUUGUAGCAGGGCAACGAUGUAUCAAGAAGCUUACAGACAAUCAGACUUCCACUAUGAUCAAGGCAACAGCAAGAUCCGCACCAGAUAGACAAGAGGAAAUUAGCAGAUUGGUAAGAAGUGCAAAUUAUGAAACAGAUCCAUUUGUUCAGGAGUUUCAAUUUAAAGUUCGGGAUGAAAUGGCCCAUGUAACCGGACGUGUACUUCCAGCACCUAUGCUCCAGUAUGGAGGACGGAACCGGACAGUAGCUACACCAAGCCAUGGUGUAUGGGACAUGAGAGGGAAACAGUUCCACACAGGAGUUGAAAUUAAAAUGUGGGCUAUCGCUUGUUUUGCCACACAGAGGCAGUGUAGAGAAGAAAUACUGAAGGGUUUCACAGACCAGCUGCGUAAGAUUUCUAAGGAUGCAGGGAUGCCCAUCCAGGGCCAACCAUGCUUCUGCAAAUAUGCACAGGGGGCAGACAGUGUAGAGCCCAUGUUCCGGCAUCUCAAGAACACAUAUUCUGGGCUACAGCUUAUUAUCGUCAUCCUCCCAGGGAAAACACCAGUGUAUGCGGAGGUGAAGCGUGUAGGAGAUACACUUUUGGGAAUGGCUACACAAUGUGUUCAAGUCAAGAAUGUAAUAAAAACAUCUCCUCAAACUCUCUCAAACUUGUGCCUAAAGAUAAAUGUUAAACUCGGAGGGAUCAAUAAUAUUCUUGUACCUCAUCAAAGACCUUCUGUGUUCCAGCAACCAGUGAUCUUUUUGGGAGCAGAUGUCACUCAUCCACCUGCUGGUGAUGGGAAGAAGCCUUCUAUUGCUGCUGUUGUAGGUAGUAUGGAUGCCCAUCCGAGCAGAUACUGUGCCACAGUAAGAGUUCAGAGACCCCGACAGGAGAUCAUUCAGGACUUGGCCUCUAUGGUUCGGGAACUUCUCAUUCAAUUUUAUAAAUCAACUCGCUUCAAACCUACUCGUAUCAUCUUUUACCGGGAUGGUGUCUCAGAAGGACAGUUUAGGCAGGUAUUAUAUUAUGAAUUACUGGCAAUUCGAGAAGCCUGCAUCAGUUUGGAGAAAGACUAUCAACCCGGAAUAACCUAUAUUGUAGUUCAGAAGAGACAUCACACUCGAUUAUUUUGUGCCGAUAGGACAGAAAGGGUUGGAAGAAGUGGCAAUAUCCCAGCUGGAACAACAGUUGAUACAGACAUUACACACCCAUAUGAAUUUGAUUUUUAUCUCUGUAGCCAUGCUGGAAUACAGGGUACCAGCCGUCCUUCACACUAUCAUGUUUUAUGGGAUGAUAACUGCUUUACUGCAGAUGAACUUCAGCUGCUGACCUACCAGCUCUGCCACACUUAUGUACGCUGUACACGAUCUGUUUCUAUACCUGCACCAGCGUAUUAUGCUCACCUGGUGGCAUUCAGAGCCAGAUAUCAUCUUGUGGACAAAGAACAUGACAGUGCUGAAGGAAGUCAUGUUUCAGGACAAAGCAAUGGGCGAGAUCCACAAGCUCUUGCCAAGGCUGUACAGAUUCACCAAGAUACCUUACGCACAAUGUACUUUGCUUAAAAAAUCUAAAUAUAUUCUCUGAGAGGAAGAAUUGAAAGACAAAUCAACAUACAACGUAUGUUUCCAGUGGAUUCAGUUGAGUAGGGACACCUCCAGCCAUACAGAAACCAACACUGUGUGUGGGGCCAGGGUCUGAUCCUUAUGUUGAUACAAGGAAGAUUGUUUACUUCAUCAAGGAACUCAGCAUAAUUAUGCAAUAUGAAACCAGCCAACUGCUUUUUGUGCGGUCUCCUAUAGGAAGUAUCGCGGUUGUUUUGUUUUCAUUUCUUGUAGUCUAACCCUUUAAUGCCUUUACCUCAAGUUGCUUGGCAGCACAAAUAUCUUUGCAAAAAAAGUAAAGAAAAAGUAAAAUGAUGGUUUAAAAAAUACACACCUACAUGAAUAAGCGAUUAUUCACAAUUAUGUGUGCAAAAAAUUAAUGUGCAUUCAUAUGUUCUUAUAAAAGGUGUCUGUAUUUUUUAAAUAUAUACAUGCAUACUUCAUAUGCAUAUAUAUCUGAUCUGGAUUGAUAAUAGAUAUAUAUGUGUCUGUGUAUAUAUUUUAUAAUUCAUUCCAUUGGGGAACUUUCUUUCCCUUUUAUUCUCCCCUCACUACCAUCUUUAUUUCUCUCUCUACCUCCCUUGCCUUCAUCACCUAUACUUUUUUCUCUAAUGCUGCCAGUGACAUUCAGAUGUUCAUAUAACUGGUUCAUUUGAAUGUGAAACAUGGCAAAC